AUGUCGACCACUGAAAAAGACUCCAGGGUUGCAACGCACAAUGUGCUUGGCACCUCGGAGUUCCAACCCAGCUCUGCCGCUGCGGAGGAUAUACAAACAAUAUCCAAGGAUGGCGUCAAUCGCGAUCACGACGUCGAAAGCCUCAAGCCCGGGCUAGUCACUCAGGCUGAACUUGGUGAUGAAGGUGCUCAACGUAUUGAGUUGAUGCAACAAGUCUGGGGCAAGCACGGCAAGAAAUGGAUCUUUAUGGGAUUGGGUCUAUGCAUGAUCGCAUAUGAGAUAGAUAAUUGCACUUUCGGCACAUACUACGCUUAUGCCCUGUCCGACUUUCGAAAGACGGCCUCCUCGGCCGCCUUGGCUGUGGCAUGCAACCUGGCAUUCUCUCUGAUGAAGCCCAUCUGGGCCAAGGCAUCUGAUAUUUUCGGGCGUGGCGAGAUGUACCCAAUGUCGGCUAUUCUGGUUGUCGUCGGACUUAUCGCUGCUGCAAGCGCAAAGACAUUCUCGGCCUUCGCUGCAGGAACCGUGCUGAGGGUGAUUGGGUUGACGUGCCUCAAUUCCAUGAACACCAUCGUCGUUGCUGAUCUCACGACUACACGCCAGAGGGGCUUCGGUGUCAACUUCCAGUUCUUCCCUUAUUUGAUUCUCCCAUGGGUGUCCGCUUACAUUGUUUCGGAUGUCGUAUCCCCUGGCGGUAUUGGUUGGGCCUGGGGAAUUGGAAUCCUCGCCAUCAUCAUCCCCGUGGGAAUUUCCGCCAUCAUGCUCUUCCUCCUCAAGUAUCAGCGACGUGCCAAGAAGCUCGAGUCUCAGCUGUUCAGCCGCCCGAAAAUCACACUAUACCAAGUCGGCUCGAACAUUGACCUGGGAGGUCUCGCUAUCCUCAUCGUCUCACUCGCUUUCAUCUUGAUUCCACUGUCCCUAGCCAGCCUACAGUCACAUGGUUACCGCACUCCAUGGGUUAUAGCUCUCAUGGUCGUCGGUGGGCUGACAUUGCUCAUCGCAUUCCCACUGUACGAGCAUCGUUUUGCCGCCCAUCCCUUCUUCCCUCUCCGCUAUGUCAAGCACAGGGCCAUUGGGCUCGCGUUCCUUCUCUACUUCACUGACUACAUGGCUGCCGCAGCCAGUCAUGGCUACCUUUAUAACUGGGCGCUCAUCGCUCAGGGGUUCACCAUCGUGCAGGCUACCAACUUGAGUUUCAUCAAUGGCGUUUUGACCUUCUUCACGGGCAUGGUUUUUGGACUCAUCAUGUGGAGGACACGGACGUACAAGUGGUGGAUCAUGGCCGGCUGUGUCAUCAGAAUCAUUGGCUACGGCGUCAUGUUCAGAAUUCGAAACGAAAACCCAACAAUGGCCGAGCUAUUCAUCGUCCAAGUCGUCCAAGGACUUGGUGACGGUAUCGUACAAACUGGUGGGUACGUAGCUGCUACAGUCAACGUUCCGCACAAAGAGACGGCCCAGAUGGCUGCUUUGAUUGUCACUGUUGGAAUGCUUGGAAGCAGUGUGGGCAGCGCCAUCAGCGGCGCGAUAUACACCGGGACAUUCCGGGAAGAAUUAGCGAAGCAGCUAGGCGACAGGGGAUCACCCGAACUCAUCGAAGCUCUGUUCAACUCUAUUAAUUUGAUGGUCCCUGACUGGGGAACUCCGGAUCGCAUCGCCAUCAACAAAGCAUAUAACCAUGUCACCUCCUACUUCUUCAUCGCUGCCCUAGUCAUCAUUGCUCCUGGAUUUUUCAUCGUCUACUUCUUGCCCAACCAAAAGCUGACGGAUAACCAAAACCUUAUCGAGGACCAUGGAAUGUUUGGCAGCACACAGGGGAUUGUUGAUUCGCCCGAGAAGACGGCGGAGAAGGACCAGAAGAGUGUUUCCAAUCCGUAG